CCCGCGCCGCACGGCUCCCAUCGCCACCACAGGUCUCCGACGGGACGGGACGGCUCGACCAUUUCAUUUUCAUCUCGCCAUCCCGUUGGUCCGGUCACACAAGCCGCGGCGCCGGAACGCGUCACUGCUUACCUAACCCAACCCAACCAGAACCGCGCACUGACGCCGCCUCCCCGCGCCGCGCUCGAGGCCCACGCUGCUGCAAUCUAACCUUCUGGAAAUUUCCGCCAAUCCGAUUCCGAGCGAGAGGAAAUUUUCCCUUCCCCCCCGGCCGCCACCAACCAACCAAACCCAAGCAAGCCGCUUCCCCUUCGGAUCACGCCGGGCAUGCGCCGCGCCACCGCCGCCGCCGCAGCAGCAGCAGCCUGAGGGGGACGAGGAGGAGGGGGAGGGAUGGAGGCGGGCGGCGGGAGCGCGUCCUCGCUGCCGCCGUUCCUGAGCAAGACGUACGAGAUGGUGGACGACCCGGCCACGGACGCCGUGGUGGCGUGGACGCCGCCGGGGACCAGCUUCGUCGUCGCCAACCAGGCCGAGUUCUGCAGGGAUCUGCUCCCCAAGUACUUCAAGCACAACAACUUCUCCAGCUUCGUGCGGCAGCUCAACACCUACGGCUUUAGGAAAGUUGAUCCUGAACAAUGGGAGUUUGCUAAUGAGGAUUUCAUUAGGGGACAACGGCACCGACUGAAAAAUAUACAUAGGCGUAAGCCUAUAUUCAGCCAUUCAUCACACCCUCAGGGUUCUGGACCAUUAGCAGAUAAUGAGAGGCGGGAAUAUGAGGACGAAAUUGAAAAGCUUAAGCGCGAUAAUGAUGCUCUGACAUUAGAGCUUGAAAAGAAUGCACAAAAGAAAAUUGAUAUGGAGAGACGAAUGCAGGAGCUGGAAGAUAAGUUGAUCUAUUUGGAGGAUCGGCAAAAGAAUCUGAUAGCAUAUGUCAGAGAUAUUGUACAGGCACCAGGAUUUCGCUCUAGCUUUGUGCAGCAACCUGAUCAUCACGGAAAGAAAAGGAGACUACCAGUACCUAUUUCACUCCACCAAGAUGCAAAUGCCGAGGGGAAUCAGAUUGUGCACGGGGGCUUAACAAACCCACCGGUUUGCAUAGAAUCAUUUGACAAAAUGGAGUCUUCCUUGAACUCAUUGGAGAAUUUCUUUCGAGAAGCAAGUGAAGCAUUUGAUAUUUCAUAUGAUGGUGUCCCUGGCCCUUCAUCUGCCGUUGUUAUCACAGAGCUCCAUUCAUCUGGAGAAAGUGAUCCCCAUGUACCAUCGCCUCCGUCAAGGAUGCAUACCUCUUCAGCUGGUGCAGGAGAUUCACCCUCAAGGAUGCAUACCUCUUCAGCUGGUGCAGGAGAUUCGCUCUCUUCUCAUGACGUAACAGAGUCAACUAGCUGCGCAGAAAGUCCUCCCCUCCCUCAAAUGAUGUCCUUUACAGAUUCACGAGCUAAGGUGUCUGAGAUAGAUGUUAAUCUGGAGCCUGCUAUUACAGAAACUGGUCCAUCAAGAGACCAAGCUGCCGAGGACUCUCCUCAUCCAGCACCUGGGGCAAACGACGGGUUCUGGGAGCAGUUUCUUACUGAGCAGCCUGGUUCCAACACGCAUCAGGAGGCCCAAUCAGAAAGGCGAGAUGGAGACAAUAAAGGUGAUCAGGUGAGAAUAGGAGAUCGGGAAAACUUAUGGUGGGGAAAGAAGAAUGUGGAACAGAUGACAGAAAAGCUGGGGCAUCUCACCUCAGCAGAGAAAACCUAACUGCUCGUAUUUCUUGUAGCUGAAAAACAGUUAGCACAGAAACUCAUAGGACCUUGGUACCUCUGACAUGUACUUCACAGUGUAUCAUAUCUUUGCCUCCUGCAGGGCGAUAUGUUGACUGACAUCUACUUUGUAGAGUAAUAACAUACCAUUUUUCCCUUGUACUUUACCCAUGUUUAGAAUGAUGCAGAGACUGGUUACUAUACUUUUGUGUGGUAUGUUGCAUUCAUACUUGGUUACUAGACACUUCCUGAUACUGCUGUCCUCAACUUGUAUGAUUCCUCAAGUCUGGGGACAUGGUUAUAAUGAUAGAUGAUGAUAAUCACUUUGUUGUUGAAUGCUAUAUAUAGACUAAAGAAUCGAUUCCCUUUUGGAACGUUA